GGCUAUUUCAAGGCGCGAGCCACCCGGGUCGCUGCACUCCAAGUCCGCCACGCUCGGACUCAUCUCCCGCUUCCGUCUCCCACCCAGGCGCCUCCAGCAUGGGUCCCUGGUCCCACUCGUUGCUCGCCGGCCUCCUGCUGCUCCUCUGCGGAAUCUGCACCGUGCGCUGCGACACACCUGCCAACUGCACCUACCCUGACCUGCUGGGCACCUGGGUCUUCCAGGUGGGCCCAGUCGGUUCCCAUCGGGACAUCAACUGCUCGGUCAUGGAAACACCAGAAAAAAAAGUAGUGGUGCACCUUAAGAAGUUGGAUACAGCAUAUGAUGACUUUGGCAAUUCUGGACAUUUCACCAUCAUUUACAACCAAGGAUUUGAGAUUGUGCUGAAUGACUACAAGUGGUUUGCCUUCUUUAAGGAUGUCACUGAUUUUUUCAGUCAGUUGUUCAUGCAUCUGGGAACUGUGGGGAUAUAUGAUUUGCCACAUCUGAGGAACAAACUGGUUAUUAAAUAGAGCACUGUUGUGGGGCUCUUUUAAAACCACAGCCAAGAACAGACUUUGGGUCUAAGAGGCAGAGCAGCAUGCAGCAGUGGACCUACCUCUAGCAGCUAGCAGAGGCCUGUGGCAGCUACAGCCCCUUCUGGAGUCUUUAUUGCAUGUAAAAUGCAGAGGAGUCCUGGUGACCUACCUCCAAGGCAGCUGCCCUCCUGAACAUUUCCUGGGAAAGCAGUAAUCAUCGUAAUGGAAUGUGAACAGCCAGAAACUGCACAGGAAAAUAAAGAUCUGGAAGAGAUGGAAGUCUCAGGUGGCUUCACCGUUCAGCUUUUUAAUAAAACAAUAUGGUACAUGCUAUUUUUUUUUUUUUUCUGUUUGAAUACUCUUCUACUGAAAUGAUUUUUUCCAACUGGUCAGAAUUUAAUUUUGUGUUUGUUUCAUUCACAGUUCAGUUACCUCUACUGAGUGCCUUCUCUUUCUCUAAUUAACCUGAGGAACCCAGAACCAAUUGUAGGGAGAAAAUAAGUUUUAAGGAUCUCUUAAGAUGCACAGAUAUAAGUUAUCGAAGGGAAGAUGGUCCUUUGGAGGACAUGUUUAUAGGAGGAGACAAAGAGAUUGUCUCACGCAAGCCAGGCUACUGAAGAGUGUCCUGUAUAUAGAUAGACCUGCAGUACCUCUGGCCAGAACCAAGAUGAUGUGUUUCGUUAAUAGCCUCUGUUUUUCUCUCCAUGCUCACCACCCCACCUCACCCUUUUUUUUUUUUUGUUUAGAUGCCAGCUUUGUGCUAAUAACUUAAAAAAACCUAUAUAUGCUGCUAAUUUUGUUUUACAGAUAGGAAAAAAGUAGUCAUAUUGUACUUAGGCUCACACAGCUUCUAACUGUAAAAUGCUAGAGUUAGACUUUCAAGCCUAAGGACAUACCUAGGAUUAAAAAGUAAUAGAAAAGCCAUUUCACAAAAGAGAAAAUAAUACUCAGAGUCAUAUUUGGGUAGAUUUUCUGGUGAAUUCCAGCAUGUAAACAUCAUGAAUGUUACUUAAAUGGAGUAGAAUAACCUCAUUGGCUUUUGUUGAAGUAUUAAGAGCAAUUGCCUUUGAAGUUAAGGAUUCCUUCCCAUGAGCUGCUUGCUUUCUUGCCCAAGUUAGACUUAGGGACAAAAACUUAACCUUAUUUUUCUUUUGUAGCCUCCUGAAAAGGGAGCUUUUAAACUUCAAAUUAAAUACAUAUAAAAUCCCUUGCCAAAUAGACUUAUUAAUUACACUAUUGUUCUUACUGAUUUUUAACUUUUAGCUCUUUCCUGCUAAACAGUAUACUCAUUUCCUUCUCACUUGGUUUAGAGCCAAUUUGAUCUACCUAAAAUGUGGGGCUACACCUAAUCCAUAGUGUCUAGAAGGACUUUUUUUUCCCUACAUCUAGCUUUGGAUAGAUAAAAAUCUCUUUAGAUAGUAGUUUUUCAGUAAUGACAAUUUUAUACUGUUUGAGAGGAACAGCUGCUAUAACAGUAUAGCUGGCUGUUUCUAUCAGAUACUCUUUUCUAUCUUGUCUUUGGACCUGAUCAAUUCUUCAUCCCUCAGGACCUUGAUGCCACCUCCCCAGCUCUCUCCAUUAUUGAGAGAAACUCUAUUACCUUGGUCCCAUUUAUACUUUGUAGAUAUUUCUCAUUUCAAAUGUAUUAUAGCAGAAUAUUUUGAUAGCAUGUCUUCAUCAACUUCUGGGCUGAAAAUCUGUAUUUAUCCUUCAAUAUUUCCAGCACCUAAUGCACAUAGAACUUUACAGAUUCUUGGAAAUAAACCACACUUCCCUUUUCUUUUUGCAGACUUUUUACAAGUAAUACCAACUUACAAAGAGUCAAUUCUCUUGUAACCUAGAACACAUUCAGGAAUGGUGCUAUACUUAACUUUUUUAGUUCUCUGCUCCAAAAAGUAUUAUCAAGUUGACUACCUCUAGAGAUCUAAGAGUUGUAUAUUUUCAAAUUGAUAUAAAUACUGUCAAAGUAACAUAUAUAUUAGAAGGUAUUCAAUGUGAAGUUUUUAAAAAUUACUAAAGGUUUCUGUUUAUUUCUCUGAGUAAUCUGGCAUAUAAAUGGAAGAUUGUGGAAGAGAAGAAUUAGUGACCACAAAAUUGUACCUAUAUGUUGCCAUGUAAUAAUGCUUAGCUUUCUUGGUCUUAAUUGCCUGCUUUGACUUCUGGUCUUUAAAGUCUGUAUUACUAACCAUUUUAUUCUCCAUGUAUAGUGCAAUAUGUGAAAAUAAUAUGAAAAUAAUAGGCCUUCAAUAAAUUUUUGUAAAAGAAAAAAAUU